AUGGGGAAAUCCUGGGGGAGAAGCUGCACGUUGGUUGAACCAUCCCCAUUUUGGCAGGGGCUUGUGGUUUUUACAGACGUGGCCAUACGCUUCUCCCGGGAGGAGAGGGGGCUCCUUGAGGAGGCUCAGAGAAGCCUGUACCACAGUGUGAUGCUGGAGACCUUGGCACUUUUGUCAUCGCUAGGUUGCUGGCACGGAGCCGAGGACAAGGCGGCCCCUUCAGAGCAAGGUGAUUCUGUAGGAGGGUCACAGGUCAGGACUCCAAAGCCAGGCCCACCCACCCAGAAGUCCCAGCCUUGGGAGCAGUGUAGCUUGCUCUGGAAGGACUUUUUGCGCUGCGCUGAGCAUGAUGGAACACGCCCUGAGCGAGGCCCGCAAACUUGUGGGGGAAAGCAUUUGCAGCACCAAAAGCAACAAAAGAAACUUUCCAGAAGCGGUGAGAGGAGGCCUCCGUUUGUGAAGAACUGCAGAGGUCACGUGACAGGGACAAGCUUUAUACGCAGGGAUAGUGGGAACGCCAUCCCAGCCAGCUCAGGCCUCCUCCAGCCACAGGUUUCUCAUGUUAUACGAAAGCCAUACUGGGACACAGGAGGUGGAGAGGCCUUUCUGAAUGAGCAGAAUUAUUGUAAGUGCACCCCGUGUGGGGAAACCUUUAGCCGUAAACAUAUAUUUGUGGACCGUGAGAAAAGCCCCAGCAGAGGAAAGCUUUAUGAGUACCGGGAAUGUGGGAGGGCCUUCCUCCGGAAGUCCCACCCCCGUCAGCACCUGAAAGGCCAUGACGAAGAUUGGCUUUAUGAGAACCCGGAAUGUGGAAGAUUCUUUACACAGAUACCUGGCCUCGGUGACCACCAGAGUAUUCGCAGCAGUCUGAGGCCUUCUGAGUGCAACCAAUGUGGGAAGGGUUUCCUUAGACUUUCCCAACUUGUUGGUCACCAGAAAAUCCACACAGGAGAAAGACCUUAUGGUUGUAGUGAAUGUGGAAAAUUUUUUAGGAAUUGCUCCACGCUCGUUAGACACCAGAGAGUUCACACUGGUGAAAGGCCACAUGAGUGCAGCGAAUGUGGGAAAGCUUUCACCCGCAAGCAUAAACUUGCUGAGCACCAGAAAAUCCACAGCGGCGAAAAGCCUUAUGAGUGCAGUGAAUGCGGGAAAGCCUUCAGCCGCAAAGACAAAGUCGUUGAACACCAGAAAAUCCACACUGGAGAGAGGCCUUAUAAGUGUGGUGAGUGUGGAAAAAAGCCUUUAGCCGCAAACAUAAACUUGCUGAGCACCAGAAAAUCCACACUGGAGUGAGGGCUUUUGAGUGCAGAGAAUGUGGGAAAUUCUUUAUGGACAGCUCCUCACUCAUUAUUCAUCAGAGAGUUCACAGUGGAGAAAGGC